AAACGAGAAAAUGCGUGUUCAGUGGCCAACGACGGACGUGAGGCACUACACAAGUUACUCCGAUCAUGGUCGCCGCCAUUUUCCUUGGCCUGAUAUUGUUGGGUCUCGUGAUCAUUUUGCUGGUGUUUUCGCAAUGUCGACGACCUGCAAACAUUCCACCAGGACCAAGAGGCUUGCCGGUGGUCGGUUACAUCCCGUUUUUGAAGAAACAUGAUGCCAAACCUUACAAGGCGUUGAUCAAACUGAGCCAAACGUAUGGCCCCGUGACCGGAUUUUACAUGGGACCGAGUUUAACAGUCGCCGUGUGUGGCUACGAAGCCGUCAAAGAGGCUCUCAACAAUGAUGACUUGAACGGACGACCCGAUACGUUUGCAAGACGCGAACGAACGUUCGGCAAGAGACUUGGUUUCAUGUUUGUCGAUGGCGAUUUCUUUCGCGAGCAACGACGGUUCGCGUUACGUCACCUGAGGGAUCUUGGCUUCGGACGGACAUCUGCCGAAGAAAUGAUACAUGAAGAGAUUCGUGAAUUGAUCCGUUUACUUGGUGAACAGGCGGGUUCUGAUCCUGAAGGUGUGGUAGACUUCCAGUCCGGCACUUUCAAUCGCAAUGUCCUCAAUAUUUUGUGGGCUCUAAUUGGAGGUGAGCGGUUCAGAGGAGACGACGCCCGUCUCACAACCCUGCUGGAUAUGGUCGAUUUUUUUAAUCGUAGUUUUAAGCCCCAAACGGCCAGCAUUGCCGUACCUGCUUUCCUCUUACGUCUUUUCCCUUCAUUACGGAAAAUUUUGGGCAUCCGCAACGACAUCUUUGAGCCUUUGCAAAACUUCAUACGGGGAACGAUUGAAGAACAUGCUAGGACUCGUUCGGAGGAAGACGCUCCUCGUGAUUACAUCGAUGUCUUCCUGAAAGAAAUGGAGAAACAACAAACGGAUCAGAAUGCAAAUACGACCUUCAACAUUGAGCAACUAAUAUCGUCAAUCAUUGACCUAUUUCUUGCUGGAUCGGAGACUAGCAGCAAUGCCAUAGGUUUCGCCCUACUUUACCUGGUCCAUUAUCCGGACGUUCAGCGCAAGAUGCAAGCCGAAUUGGAUCAAAUUUGCGGCAAUGCCCUUCCGUCCCUUGCGCAUCGACCCAGUUUGGUGUACACUGAGGCUGUCCUCAUCGAAACACUUCGUCUGGCCAAUGUGGCGCCUUUGACCUUGAUGCAUUGCGCCGCAAAAGACACCCAACUCCGAGGAUUCAACAUCCCCAAGGACACUCUCGUGCUGAUUAAUGUUUACUCCACCCAUAUGGACGAAACGUAUUGGGUCGAUCCUGAAGUGUUUCGUCCCGAAAGGCAUUUAGAUGCUGAUGGUCUUAAACUGAAAAAAUCGGAGAGACUCAUCCCCUUCGGCUUAGGUAAACGGCAGUGUUUGGGUGAACCAUUGGCUCGAAAUAGUUUCUUCCUUUUUACGACGGCGCUGGUUAAAGCGUUCCAGUUGAAAGCCAUUCCGGAUCGUCCUCUGCCGACGCUGGAGCCGCUGACUGGCGUCACCAACGUAUACCAAGGAUUCCAAGCCAUCGUAACGCCUCGCCUUUAAAGAAAAAACCCAUAACUCGACAGACGUCUACGACUUUUAAGUGAAAAGGACGCCAGCAUUUUCAGCGCAUCAUCACUCAACUCGAUGGCGUCUAUUCGUUUUCUCCUUCCCAACGAGAGAAAACACAUUUUCCAAUUUUGUAAUACAUUUUUUUGGAUAGGAGAAGACUGAAAAGAAGAAAUACAAGACUUUUAGGUAUUUA